CCUUCUACAGCCAAAGUCAUCCGCCUGAACUCUCCUGAUCAUUACGAUAGUGUGAAGUGUGACCUUGGGAUGGUUUCCUAUCCGGAAGACAUAGCUAUCUUGACUAAAGGCGUUCGUUUUUCGGUAAACCUCGCAGAACGGGUCCGGGCGCAAGGAUAUCCCAUCAAGACGUACCAUUGUCCGAGUUCAGACUCUGAAGCUGACAUCGAGAAGUACAUUCGGACAUACGCAAGGAGUGGGUACCACUACAGCUCGACAUGUCGGAUGGCUCCAUUUGAUAAGACACAUCCGGGUGUUGUUGACGACGAGUUACGGGUGCAUGGCUUGCGGGUUUGCGAUGCGUCGAUAUUCCAGGAUGUUACGGCGGCUCAUCCAAUGGCACCUAUCGUCGCCAUUACGGAGAAGUGUGCGUCGUCAAUUAAGAGAGCGCAGGCCAAGUCGAAAUGA